UUGAGAUGGGCGGGGCUUCAGGAGCGGGCGGAGCGCGCGGGAGACUUGCGGGGUCGCUGAUCCGGGAGUCCACAGAUUCAGCCUGUCGGCCUGCUCUGAGGAACUUGUCUCUGCCUUCUGAGCCCUGGGAUUACUGGCAGCCCACCAAACCUGCCCAGCACCAGAUCUCACGUCCUCGGCCUCCUCAAACUUGGCUCCUGAGCCACUCCACCCCAUCCUUAGUGCCUCUUGGCACUGUCAUUUGAACCCAUUGCAGUGUACUGUAGGACACGCCUUUCCUCACACUGGCCUGGUGCUGUCCCCUCCGGGCCCCUUUCGGGAGACUUUCUCUGUGCUUUCUGGUACGGUGGAGCUGCCUCUUCUGUUGUUCUCUGACCAGGUUCAAUUUCUCCCACCAUCCUUCAAAAUCCCAAACUCACAAAAAGCUGGGGAAUGCUGAGCAAGACCCCUCUAUGCCCCAGGAAGUUGAAGGGGAGCAGCAAGGGGCAGCUACCUUGUCCCACCCCCCCCACCCCCACACCCCCACCCCCCCGCACUGACACCUUCAGGAUGUUGACUACGGCUGAAUUAGUUCUGUGCCAACAUCUGGAGUGAACCUAGGCUUCCAGACUGCCUAGUCCUCCUCAGGGUUGACGGUGCACGCAGGAGCACCAUCCUUAGCUCUCAUGGACCGGGAGACACCUGUCCUCGGCGCUCAGUGGGACACCUAACCACACUUUGGCUUCGGACCGCCCUGUGUGUCACCUUCCCACAGGAAGUCUGAGUUGGUGUGUGUCACCAUCCGUCGCUGUGUGCCUGUCAGCUCUGCUGUGUGCUGUCACCGUCAGCUCUGCAUGCCCCUGCUGAGACCACUUAGGAAUGGACUUGGAUCAGCUGGACCUAAACCCCCGAAUUACUGCUGCGGUUAAGAGGGGCAGACUGAAGUCAGUGAAGGAGAUUCUGUGCUACUCCGGACCAGACUUGCAGCGGCUCACCGGCCUGCCCAGCCACGAUGUGCAGUGCCUGCUGAGAGCUGCCUCUCUACACCUUCGGGGAAGCCGCGUCCUCUCAGCACUGCAUCUGUUCCAGCAGAAGGAGAGCUUCCCUGAGCAGCAUCAACGCCUGAGCCUAGGCUGCCCUGUCCUGGAUCAGUUCCUGGGUGGAGGCCUGCCCCUGGAGGGCAUCACUGGCCUGGCUGGCUGCAGCUCAGCAGGAAAGACCCAGCUGGCGCUACAGCUCUGCCUGGCUGUGCAGUUCCCAAGACAAUAUGGAGGCCUAGAGGCCGGGGCUGUCUACAUCUGCACAGAAGAUGCCUUCCCCAGCAAGCGGCUGUGGCAGCUCAUCGCGCAGCAGCGGAGGCUGCGGACAGACGCGCCUGAGGAGCUGAUCGAGAAGAUCAGGUUCAGCAACCACAUCUUCAUUGAACACGCGGCCGACGUGGACACCUUGUUGGAGUGUGUGAGUAAGAAAGUCCCCAUCCUGCUGUCGAGGGGCAUGGCCCGCCUGGUGGUGGUUGACUCCAUUGCAGCCCCAUUUCGUUGUGAGUUCCACCUUCAGGCCUCAGCCAUCAGGGCGAAGCUCCUGCUCUCGCUGGGGGCCACACUGCGAAGACUGAGCAGCACCUUCAGGAGCCCAGUGCUGUGCAUCAACCAGGUGACAGACAUGGUGGAGGACCAGCAGUCUGUGUCCAGGUCACUAGGGGCUUCAGAAGAGCGCCUCUCUCCAGCCCUUGGCAUCACCUGGGCUAACCAGCUCCUGAUGCGACUGAUGGUUGACCGCACCCAUGAGGACGAUGUUACCACAGGCUUGCCCAGAAGCCCAGUUCGGACUCUCCGAGUGCUCUUCGCCCCCCACCUACCCCUCUCCUCCUGCUGCUACACAGUCAGUGGGGAAGGCAUUAGGGGGAUGCCAGGAACACAGUCCUACUAACAGUGAGACCAGUGGGUCAGCCUGAGCAGGUCCCAAGGAACCCUGAUUCUGAUGACUCUUUCCAACAACCUGUCAGUCAGUGGCACCUGGUGAACAGGCACCCAGUGACGGUUAGUCUGUCAGUAUCUGCUCUCUCCUCCCUGGGGUUCACCUACCCAUUAGAGGAUGACUGAGCAGCAGGAGCUCUGGCAGCCCAGAGGGCGUCUCCGUAGGACCCCAAAAUGACAAGACUCAGCUCUUCUCUCUUCUGCUUUCUGCCUGGGACUCAGCAGCUUGGUGGGGCCUACCCUCCUGCAGGAUGGUCUUAACUCCCCCCAACCCACUAUACACACACACACACAUACACACAUACACACAUACACACACACACACACACACACACACACACACACACACACACACACACAUACACAGUAACACCUACCACUCAGGCCAAGCAUGGCUUGCAGUGAGACACUCCCCGACUGGGCUCCUCCCCACACAUAUACACCAUUUUAGGGCAGAGUGGAGAAAACUGUCCGAGGAAGAGAGAUGGGCCAGGCCCAACCCAGCUGUCUAGGCUAAGUGGCUUUGGGCAACUUAUGAAAGGGACACCCGGAAACAGGUGUGUGUGCUCACUAAGGCCUGGCAGGUGUUCCUGGCAACUCGGCUGGGCGGUGCAUCCAGGCUGGAAGGCACCACAAAGCACCCAACAGGACUGUGUACACACUCAGCCAGCAGGUAGGCCUCCUGGUAACAUGUGCUCUGGACUCAGAAUCAACACCUUGUGGACUUGAGGCUCAGCAGUAAGCAAUGGGUGUGGCCUCUGUAGACAGGGCUGUGUGUUGACGCACAGGUAGCACAGGCUCCCACCAGCAAGUGUGCCAAGUGGACCUUCACCAAGGAGUCCUGUUGCUCCAGUAGUGUCUGACUCCUUAAACCAGGACAUACACUGUCACUGUCCCCACUCCAGUAGGGAAAACAGUCCACUUAUGGUAUAUACCAUGACAUCUUCAGGGCGGCCCUAUCCUCUUAUGAGCUCAUCGUUUCAAAGGCCCCUGGGGCUCCUACCCGCUGUGGCAAUCCUGCAGACUAAACCUAGGGCCUCCUGCAUGCAAGUGUUCUACACUGAGCUAUGACCCACUGACCCGUGCCUGAGAGCUGAGGAUGAGGGGACACACAGCUGCUUGGGUGGGGUGGUUCACAUAAAACAGCUCUGCAGAACUGGAGGGCUUUAGACCCGGAAAUAAAACUUUAUUUUUGUAACAAAGUA